AUGAGUCAACAGUCCUUGAUCUACAGCUUCGUGGCUCGUGGGACGGUGAUUCUCGCGGAUUACACGGAGUUCACGGGGAAUUUCACCUCUAUCGCUUCUCAAUGCCUCCAGAAGCUACCUGCGACAAAUAACAAAUUCACCUACAAUUGCGAUGGACACACCUUCAAUUACCUCGUCGAAAAUGGGUUCACCUACUGUGUUGUUGCAGUUGAGUCUGCCGGCAGGCAAAUUCCCAUUGCCUUUUUAGAGCGAGCGAAGGAAGAUUUCAACAAGAAAUAUGGGGGAGGGAAAGCUGCAACUGCUGUGGCCAACAGCCUGAAAAAAGAGUUUGGGCCCAAACUGAAGGAGCACAUGCAGUACUGUGCAGACCAUCCAGAAGAAGUCAGCAAGCUUGCCAAGGUUAAGGCUCAGGUUUCUGAAGUUAAGGGAGUGAUGAUGGAAAACAUUGAGAAGGUUCUUGACCGUGGAGAGAAGAUUGAGCUGCUGGUGGACAAAACUGAGAACCUCCGAUCGCAGCCUGCCUUCCGAAGCUAUCAGAACGCUGUUGGACAGAAAGGGUGGCUUUAUUUGGGGGCCUGGUGCAAAUGGGAAGCAGCAGGGGACCAAGAUGAGGAGGAAGAUGUGGUUCCAGAACAUGAAGAUAAAGCUGAUUGUCUUGGGUAUCCUCAUAGCCUUGAUUUUCAUCAUUAUUCUGUCUGUCUGCCAUGGCUUCAAAUGUUAAUUUGUGCCGAUUUUGUCAACACUCUUGCUGCCAUGCUUGACUAG